ACACCUCCAACAAUGCACCGCGCCCGUCAGCCAGUGUGGGGUCGGAGGGCGCGUCGCCAUGGCAUCGGUUGGUUGUGACAUCACCGCCAUUUUGCCCGAGUGUUGUGAUGGAAGCAGCGAGAAAAUCAGAAUCAGACAGAGAAGCACCUAAAUUCAGACGUGAAGCGGACCAAUCCAUACCAGAGGGAGCCGAUUCAGCGAAUCAGAGUCAGAGGGAGCCGAUUCAGCGAAUCAGAGUCAGAGGGAGCCGAUUCAGCGAAUUAGAGUAAAUCGCGUCGAGAAUCGAACCGAAUCAGGAGUCGGACUGAUCUGCGAUAAAAGGUGUGUCGCUGCAUCAUGUGACGCGUCUGGACUCUGAUGAUGAUGUAUGGGCUGAUUCCUCAGGAGUUACACGCACAGCUCCUGGACCUCCAGAACUAUCAGAGCCGGACCAGCGGCGUGGAGGAGCUGAAGAACAUCCUCCUGGAGCUGGAUCUCCAGCAGCUCUCCUCCGCCAGCAUCCUGGACUUCAUACAGUUCUUACGCAAGCUCCUGGACGACAGCAACUUCAGGGUUCUGUGCGGAGCGCUGCAGCUCAUCAACCUGCUGAUCCAGAAGCUGGAGAGUGAUGUGGAGCGCUAUUACAAGGAGAUCGUGAGCGUGACGGUGCGAGCGCUAGGCGACUCCCGUAGCGUCACGCGGCUCGAGUACAUGAACGUCUUCAGGCAGCUGAUGAGGACGGUGGGGCCGCAGAAGGUCCUGGAUCUGCUGGUGUGUCAGCUCAAGCACAGGAACUCCAGGGUUCGAGAGGACGUCAUCAACAUCAUCACGGCUGCCCUGCUCACACGCCCGCGCAAGGACUUCGAUAUCCCCGGCCUGUGUGUGGAAGCGGCGCCGGCGCUCGCCGACAGCAAGAGGAAGGUGCGUCACGCGGCUCUGGAGCUCUUCGCCGUCUUGGACUACUGUCUGGACACGGGUCAGAAGCAGCCGCUCGUGAAGGCCGUGGAUGGAGUGGAGCUGGCCGGAGACGCCGAGGGCCUGAUGGCUGCUGUACAGGCGCGGAGAGCACGACACAUCCUCCCUCGACUCGCUCCCGACGGAUCCGUGGAGUACGCACUCACUCUUCCUAAACCGGGACAGAGACGGAUGCCUCAGCUGGGCUCCGGGGCCGAUCUGGACUGGGUUCUGAACGGAGGCCGGGCUCACAGCUCUCGCUCAGACGGGGAUCAGCAGAGGAGGAUGGUGAGCGCUGGGAAAGGGAAGAACAAACUGCCCUGGGAGAGAUCCGCCCUCUCUGUGGAGCUCCAGAGCAACGGAACGUCACCUGAUCAGCUGGUCAUCGGUGAACAUCCGUCCUCAUCCAGCAGACUCCGUCAGCACACUGGAGUCAGACACAGUCCAUCAGAACCGCUCCUGUCUCCGGGCCGGACUCGCAGGUCUCUGGGUCGACUGCGCCGAAGCGGGAGUUUGGACUCGGAUCCAGACGUUCUCAAAGCGGCCGACCGCUCGGAGUCUGAGAAAGGUUUGCUCAAGGCGAGAGGUUUUCUGUCGGGCAGCGUUUCCCUCCCGACUGACUCGUUCCUGCUGCCCUCAUACCCGCUGACCGCGCUAACAGGGAGUCUGCUGACCCCGACCGUACCGCGCCGAAACCCCGCUGACCCCUCGCUGUCCAACACGUGGUCCAUCAGCCCUGGUGAGGUGAGCUCCAGGAAGUGCUCUCCACUUCCUCCUCGAGCUGAACGUACCCCAUCCGUCCGUCAGAGCCCGAACACCAGACCCUCGUCACUGGACACACACCUGGACAGAAACCUGCAUCUGGAUCUGUCGGUCAGCAACGGCCCAGGAGAGACAGAGAACGAGCCACUGGACCACGAGGAGAUGCUGAACUCCUUGCGCUCGUUGAGGAACAGCGCUGCUAAGAAGCGGGCCGAAGUCAGCGCGAGCGGCUCUGAGCCGGAUCCAGACAGUCCGGACUCGGCGGUGAAGCUGGAGCCGGUUCCUGAUUCUCCGGAGCAGAUGUCUCCAUCCGUCAGCAGUCCUCUGAGCGAGAGCAGCCUGUGCUCACCUCUGUCCCCCAGCGGCACCAAGAGCAGCCCUGUGGAGUCUGCGGUGAAGCCACGAGUGCCUUCAGGAAGACGUGUCCCAGCAGACAUCAGCGCUCGAGGUGAGACACAGCAGGAGAAGAGUCUGUCUGAUGGGAAUGUGAGUGUGAUCGGUCAGAGACUCGUGUACUCGAACCGAUCGUUAGAUCCAGACGAGGAGAAGCCCAGCGACAUGACAUCAUCAUCUUCAUCAUCAUCAUCAUCACCUCAGAUCAGAGCCGCCGGCCGCCAGCCGCUCCGCGCUCUCAGACCCGCCAGAGGAUCUCAGCAGCGAGUGUCCAGCAGUCGUGUCAUGUCGGAGGGCGUGAUCGGGCGAGGAGUGUUUGCUUCGGCUGUCCUGCCCAGUCGUCUCAGUGUGGGGUGUUCUCCUGAGCAGGGUGACCCGGCCGGUCAGACACACACCUUCACCAGCGCUCUCCUGGAGUCUGACACCCGUCCUGAACCAGAGGAGCUGCCGGUCACUCAGAAGAGAGUCAGACUCUCCAGGUUUGCGAGCGACAGAUUGCAUCCGCGGCGUCUGGAGCAGCAGGACACGCCCCCCGCUCAGGAGCCAAUGAGACGGCGCGUGCUCGUCGAUGAUGUGAAAGAAGGGAGUGUGAACAGAUGCGAGUCGCUCUCUGAUGAAUCUCUCUCCAGCCCGACUGGAGCGCAGAAUCCAGUGAAGUGUCUAAGCCCCGCCCACCAGCCCGCCCCCCCGACCAGCCUGCCCAAUAGGAGCGCAGCGCCACGACGGAUCAGACCCCCUGCAUCACACAGCUCUGAUGAGCUGACCCCUGUGAGUCUGAAGAAAGAGAGUCAGGAUCCAGCUGACCUCCGUCCCUUCUCUAAACCGGAGCUGGCGCUGACGCAGAGCUUCAGACUGAUGUCCUCAGACGACUGGGAGAAGAAGAUCGAGGGGGUGAACUUCCUGCGUAGUUUGGCUCAGUAUCAUCCUGACGUCCUGAUGAGCCGGAUCCAUGACGUGUGUCUCGCUCUCGUUCAGGAGGUUCGUAACCUGCGCUCCGGCGUGUCCCGUGUGGCUGUGGUGACGCUGGGAGAGAUGUUCGCGGCGCUGCAGAAGGCAAUGGAUCAGGAGCUGGACGGGACGGUCAGAGCUCUGCUGCAGAAAGCUGGAGAAUGUAACGCCUUCAUCAGACAGGACGUGGAGCGAGCGCUGGACAGCAUGAUGAAGAACUGCUCUCUCACACGCAGCAUGAGCGCACUGCUGACCGGAGGACUGGGUCAUCUGAACUCAGUAGUGCGUAAGUGUGCGGCGCAGCGUCUCAGUGCUCUGCUGGAGCGGGUCGGAGCCGCUCGUCUGCUGUCCGGAGCUAAAGAUGUGACCGAGCGCAUCCUGCCGGCCGUCUGGAAGCUGGUGCAGGACUCGUCUCAGGAGGCCAGGUACUUCGGUCGACGCAUGCUGCUGUUUUUGUCCUCUCACCGUGACUUUGAUAAAAUGCUGGAGAAGUUCCUCCCUGCUAAAGACCUUCCGGCCGUCAGAGACACCGUCUUCACUCUCAAAACCAAGGGUCUGGGGGAGAUGCCUCAGGACACUCCGUCGGCGCAGGGCAGGCGUUCUCUUGCGGGCAGCGGUCUGGUGCACACCUCAUCUCUUACACGUGAGACUCUGAGCUCCAGCAGGGACUGUGGGAAGGUGGGGAGUAAAGCUGCCUCAUACAGCCUCGCAGACCGGAGCGAGUACGUCAAACAGAUGAAGACGCUGCUCAACUCCAAAGACUUCAGGGAGAGAAUCAAGGCCAUCGAUCAGCUGGUGUGUGACUGCGAGGAGAACCCGGCUCUGGUCAUCAGCAAUCUGUUCCCGGUGUUUGACGCUCUGAAGGCCCGUCUGCAGGAGUCGAACAGUAAGGUGAAUCUGCGUGCUCUGGAGGCUCUUCAGCCCAUCGUGGCUCUGCUCAGAGACAGUCUGGCUCCGGUGCUCAACAUCCUGAUCCCGGCCGUCGUGGAGAAUCACCUGAACUCCAAGAACAGCAGCAUCUCCUCGGCAGCGCAGGGGGCCGUUCAGGCUCUGAUGAACAACAUCGACAACAGCCUCCUGCUGCAGCCCUUCUGCUCCAGAGCCCAGUAUCUGAGCGGGAAGGCCAAGCUGGAGCUCAUCCAGAGAGUCGCAGAGCUGGUGAUGGAGCUGUACCCGCGCAGACCACAGCUGGUGGAGCAGAAGGUGCUUCCUCUCUUCUGGACGCUGCUCAGCUCUUCUUCUAACAGUGGACACGUGCGGCCGGCCGCAGUGAAGCUAGCCGAGGCGCUGCACACACACAUGGGUCAGACGCUGCUGGAGAGCGCCGCUUCACAGCCUGCAAACGUCCAGAGCGACCUGAAGCAGCUCCUGAGAGCCGGACCCCCACAGCGCCUCUCUGACCUCUCUCAGUCUGACACUCGGACACUUUAAAUGCACAGUCACUCUCUUGUUUUGUACCGUGUGCUCUGAUUAUUUCUAACAGACACCUGUGUGUGUGUGUGUGUGUGUGUGUGUGUGUGCAGACUCUUGUACUGUAUAAUAGCUCAGUAUUAGCUGUAUGGAUACUGUGUGUCGCUGCUGUACGGUAGAUUUACACGACCGGUCAACAGUUAGGGAGGUUCUUCUGCUCAUCAACACUGCAUUUAUUCAAUCAGAAAUACAGGGUAAACUGUAAUAUUGUGAAAUAUUAUUAUGAUGUAAAAUAAAGGCUGUAUUUUCAGCAUCAUUCCUCCAGUCUUCAGUGUCACAUGAUCUUCAGAAAUCAUUCUAUCUAUAAAUCAUCAUAUUAAAAUGAUUUCUGAAGGCUCAUGGGACACUUUAUACUGGAAUAAUGCUGAUGGAAAUACAGCUUUGCGUCAUAGAAAUGAAUUAUAUUUUAAAGGAUAUUAAAAUAGAAACCGUUAUUUUAUAUUGUAAUAACAAAAAAUGUUUUUCUGUAUUUCUGAUCAAAUAAAUGCAGCUUUGAUGAGCAGAAGAGACGUCUUUAAAAACAUCACACGUCUCACUGACCCCAAACUCUUGACCAGUAGUGUAUAUGUAUAAUUGUAUUUGUGAAUAUUGACUUCAUUAUGGCCUGUUUUAAGUGCGACCCAUCCUAGAUUAUUUGCAUGACUGAAGUUAUUGUUGGGUUUUUAGAAACGAAAGAAUAAACCCAGCGUUGUGAGCAGGAAGAUGUGUGUGAGUGAAUCAGAAGAACACAGGUGCCAGUCCCUCCAGAACAGCCUCCAUGAGAUUCCACAGUAAAUUAUAUCAGAGACAGAGAUUUAUCUAGAGAAUAAAGUGUCUUAUUUCUGUAAA